ACUAUACAAUUCCUAGCUCAUUAACCCUGACUUACCAGAUCUUGGAUUCCCACUGGUUAACACUAGACCCACCUCCACCUCAAGGAUUAUCACUCAAAUUCUAUCCACAGCAAUCCAAGAACCAUUUCUCUGCAAUUAAUUUAUAGCCUGGCUUUAACUUAUUCUACUUGAUAAAAAACUAAUGGUUGAUGCAAUUGUUUCCUUUGCCAUCGAAAAACUUGAUGAUUUUCUUUCUAGACAAGUCAACACUAGAGUAGGAGUUACAGAUGGCGUGAGGUGGCUAAAAGAUGAACUGGCCUACCUGCAAUCUUCUGUAAGAGAUGCAGAAGCAAGACAAGAACUGGAUCACCGGAUCCGACAAUGGAUAAACAACAUUAAAGAGGUGGCUAAUGAUGCUGUCAUCAUCCUGGAGAGGUUUAGCGCCCUUGAAGAAGAUCAUGCAGCUACGAAACAAGGUGGUAUGGAUCGUCGUCUGUUGAGUCUUAUUUGCCUGUGCAAGAAAGAAGCUAGCCUUUAUGAUAUUGGCAAGGAGAUCGAGUCACUUAAGAGAAGAGUUGUUGAGAUCAAGAACAGGCGAGAAGAGUAUGGUAUUGCCAACAUGUUAGCCACUCUGAGGGGGCAACAGAGAAAGAUGUCGGUAUUGCUAAGAACAACUGCCAUUGAAAACCAGGUAGAUGUGGUUGGUUUUGAGGAUGAUUUCAGGGCUUUGUUGGCCGAGCUCAUGGGAGAGGAUUCCUCGCUUAAAAUAAUUGCAAUUCAUGGAAUGGGGGGUUUGGGGAAGACCACACUUGCGAAUAAGCUUUACCACUCUAGCGAAUUAGGCCAUUUCAAGAUUCGUGCUAAGGUUUGUGUCUCCCAGGAAUAUAACAUUGGAGAUGUCCUGAGGAGAAUUAUAAGAUCUUUUAUGGGACAUGACUUGGAUUUGUGGAAGAUGGAUGAGGUUGACUUGCUGCAACACCUGCGAAAGCUACUAGAUGGAGGUAGCUACUUAGUUCUGAUUGAUGAUAUAUGGGAUCUAGAGGCGUGGGAAAUGAUUAAGAAAGCUUUUCCAGACAAAAAGAAUGGAAGUAGGAUAAUCAUAACCACGAGAAACAAAAACGUUGCACAGAGAGUAGAUGACAGAUGUCUAGUCCAUGAGCUUCGUUUUCUGAGGGAGGAUGAAAGCUGGCAAUUAUUCUGUAAGAGAGUAGAACCAGCUCAGAAUCUGGAGAAGUUAGGAAAGGAUAUGGUAGGUAAAUGUCAAGGUUUGCCACUUGCAAUUGUGGUACUAAGCGGGCUAUUAUUGCACAAGAAGAACUACGACGAUUGGUCAAAGGUGAGAGAUCAUAUUUGGAGACAGUUGAAGGGAAACUCAGUGGAGAUUCAAGAGAUACUAAGCUUGAGUUACAAUGACCUUUCUUUCCAGACCAGACAAUGUUUUUUAUACCUUGCAAGGUUCCCUGAAGACCAGACUUUUCGAGUUCACAAGUUGAAGCAAAUAUGGAUUGCAGAGGAAUUUAUUUCAGAAGCUGAUGAAGGAGAUGGAAUAGUCAUGGAGGAUGUGGCUGAGGAUAAUCUGAACGAGCUAAUUAACCGCAAUAUGAUUCAGAUUGUAACAUUGUUGUGGGAUGGACAAGUUCGGGAGUGCAGGGUCCAUGAUCUUGUACAUGACCUUGCCGUACAGAAGGCCAAAGAGGAGAAGUUUUUGGCUAUUUUUGACUCAAGUAAACAACAACCAAGCUCUUUGUUGCAAGGACAACCACGGCAUACCAUAAAUAAUGGAAUUGGUAAAUAUUUGGAAUCACUUGGACCGAGCCCUGAUGAUUUAAAGCUGCGUUCAUUAGCACUGAUUUAUGGAACUAGACGUGUCGAGUUAGAAGAAGUCAAGUUGGUGUGCAUGAGAUUUAAAUAUAUCAAGGUGCUAGAUAUGUUAAGUGUAUCAUCACGCUGGAUACCAGAAGAAAUUGGGGAUUUGGUUCUCCUAAAGUUCUUAGGAUUAAUGCAUGGGAUUUCUGAACCUUUGGUAAUUCCUCCAACUAUAGGUAAACUGAAAAGGCUUCAAACUUUGUGUGGUUCAUUAUCAUAUGAGUACAAAUUUCCUAGAGAGAUAUGCGACCUGAAAGAGCUGAGGCAUCUUAAUUUUCUAAACUUUUCGCAGAGGCUAGCUAGAGGGAGUUUGAAGAUUGGUAACCAACAAGUAAAGCUUCAGACUCUUGAUAUAUGGUAUGAGGAUUGGAUCCAAGUUAAUACUGUCAAUUUGACCAACCUUCGCACACUGGUUAUAACAGAUGCAUCAAUAAAAGGAGGUGCCUACAACCUGGACUCAAUAUCCAAUUUAAAAAGUCUCCAGAAAUUCUUCCUCGAAUUCCAUACCACUCCCAUUCCAACAAUCAAACCUCUUUCAUCUUGCAAACGCCUCAAGAGUAUCAUGUUCACAGGUAGGAUAAAUGAUCCAUCAGAAUUAAGGUUUUUGCCAGAUUCAGUCAUGGUUUUAUCACUCUAUGGUAGUGAGUUCACAGAAGACCCUAUGUUCAUUUUGGGAAGCUUGCCAAAUCUCACUGGACUUGAUUUGGAUGAUGUUUACGUGGGGCAGAAAAUGGUUUGCAGUCCUAAUUCAUUUCAAUGUCUUAGAUUGUUCGAAUUAAGAAAUCUCCCCAAUCUGGAAGAAUGGCAGGUGGAGGACGGAGCUCUGCCUUCUCUCAAAGGUUUCGAAUUAGAAUACUGUGACAAGUUGAAAAUCAUUCCAGAACAAGUAAAAUGUGUUCCUCCCAUACCUGCUAUUUACUACAAUUAGUCUUCAAGUUAUAAAUUUUACAUUCUUUUUAAGUUAACAGUAAUUGCUGUAGAAAUCUACCAAACUUAAUAUUAGCAUGUACAUUUAUUUAUUUUUUA